AGGAAGUCAGACAUUUCCGAGUGUCCUAGUUCCGACUAGUACAUGAACGCGGCAUAUUACAGUGCGAUAAUAGGAUACUGACAAACUGGUUGCUAUCUGGCUACAUGAAGAAAGUUAGGAAAGGAAAGUAGUAUAGUUGGCAAAAUAUUCAGGCUUUGCACUCAUGCCAAAAUAGGGAGUUUGGAGCCAAAUCUAAACACUCACACCCGACCACCGUGAUGUCACAGUUCAAGCGUUCGAACGUCUUGGAAGAUAAGAAUUAACACACACAUUGUUCAUCUCCAGAGUGAAACCCGUCCUUUUCGAAAAGAUAAUUUACGGGGAAUUAGAAACGUUCUACUCCAUGGAGUUGCAACUGAUGAGAACUGCUCGGUGGUUGUUUCUUCUACUCACGAUAAGAACAGUUUUUUGUUGCGCUGAGGCUGAACAUUCUCCAAUGGUUGGGAACUUUUUGCAGAAGCACUUUGUCCUCGGAGUGUAGUAGAGCUGAGAAUGGAGGAAGAAUCAACAUGAUUCCAUUGAACAUUUAUUGUUAUGUGCCUCGUGUGAGCUGUCGAAGAGGAACGGGCACAAUUUACACUUCAGAGGAAUUGUUUAUUUUUUUAUAGAGUUGAUGUUCAGUAAUACAUCAAAGAUGUCUUAUUUGUAAAAGUAAGCUAAAGUGCUUACUAGAAUUCGUUUUCCCCCCCGAAUGAUCUAUCACUUAUUCAACCGACUGGAUAUUCUGAACAAAUUACCAAGAUGCUUCAACAAAGCCAAUGUUGUUGAAUAGAACUUGAGAGCUGUUAUUCGAAAUAAUACGUUCGAUGUCGGUCAACUUUGACUCUUUACCUCGUCAAGAAGACAUAAGACAGCCAAUGUCUGCCUGCAGCAGUUCUUCCCCUCCACCCUUACCCAGACUGUGCCCCCUCUCUGUGGCUCCGAAUCCAGUCGCCCCACCGACUCCUUCGCCGUCUCCAAGCCCGCCGGCGACACUCUACAGUCGACUGUCAAAUGGGAGUCUCAGCGCCCCGAGCCCCACCAACUCCGGGUGCUCUUUCCACGGGGUGUCUUUUCUUAUCCAGAUCGGACUCACCAGGGAAACGGUGAACCUGGAUGCCAGCGAUCUGUCCGGGAUAUCUGCGGUGAAGGAGCUCGUAUGUUCAAUAGUGGACCAAAAGUUCCCAGAGUGUGGAUUCUUUGGCAUGUACGACAAGAUCCUUCUGUUCCGCCAUGAUCUAACUUCAGAGAACAUCCUGCAGCGACUGACGUCAGCGGAGGACAUCCACGAGGGAGACCUGAUCGAGGUGGUCCUCUCCGCUCUAGCCACUGUCAAGGACUUCCAGAUCCGGCCCCAUGCCUUGUAUGUGCACUCCUACAAGGCGCCGGCCUUCUGUGAUGACUGUGGGGAGAUGCUGUGGGGCCUGGUCCGACAGGGCCUCAAAUGUGAAGGGUGUGGGCUGAACUACCACAAGCGCUGCGCCUUUAAGAUCCCUAACAACUGUAGCGGGGUGAGAAAGAGACGGCUGUCCAACGUGUCCCUGCCUGGAGCCGUGCUGUCCGUCCCCCGCCCAGCCCCCAUCGAACAUGUCCCUGUUUCCCAGGAAGAGCAGCGCACUCUCCAGGGGGCAGGGAAGGGUAACAGCCUGUUGAGCGGCAGGCCUAUCUGGAUGGAGAAGAUGGUGCUGGGAAGGGUCAAGGUGCCUCACACCUUCUCAGUGCACACCUACACCAGACCAACCAUCUGCCAGUUCUGUAAACGCCUGCUGAAAGGCCUGUUCCGCCAGGGCAUGCAGUGCAAAGAUUGUAAAUUUAACUGCCAUAAGAGAUGUGCAGCCAAGAUACCAAGAGACUGCCUUGGUGAGGUUUCCUUUAAUGGAGAACCAGCCAGUCCUGGUCCCGACUCUGAGACUACCAUGGAGGUGGACAACAGUGAUGUGAACAGUGAGGGCAGCCAGAGCAUGGAAGACCCAGAGGAGCCCUCCACCCCAGACGACAAGUUCUACAUUGAAGGGCCCUGUCUGGAUGGGGACAAGGACGAGGACACAGUGAAGGCUAUCAGCCCCAUGACAAGCAGUUUCAUCCCCCUAAUGCGGGUGGUUCAGUCCAUAAAACAAACCAAGCGGAAGAGCUCAACCAUGGUUCGGGAGGGAUGGAUGGUCCACUACACCAGCCGUGACAACCUGAGGAAGAGGCAUUACUGGAGGCUGGACAGCAAGUGUCUGACCCUGCUGCAGAACGAAACGGGAACCAAGUAUUACAAGGAGAUCCCCCUGUCAGAGAUCCUGCAGGUGGAGCAGGCUCAGGACUUCCACAGCCUGGCCCAGGGCAGCAACCCCCACUGCUUCGAGAUCAUCACUGCCACUAUGGUCUACUAUGUGGGGGAGAAUAACAGUGGUCACUUCCAUAACCCUUCCCUGGCUGCCACGGGUGUGGGGCUGGAGGUGGCUCAGGGCUGGGAGAAGGCCAUCCGGCAGGCCCUGAUGCCCGUCACUCCGCAACCCAGUGUCGGCACUGGCCCCGGACAGGGCAAGGAUCACAAGGACAUUUCUAUCAGCAUAUCAGUGUCUAACUCACAGAUCACAGAGAAUGUGGAUAUCAGUUCAGUCUACCAGAUCUUUGCUGAUGAGGUCCUUGGGUCAGGCCAGUUUGGGAUUGUGUAUGGAGGUAAACACAGAAAGACUGGGAGAGACGUGGCCAUCAAAAUCAUUGACAAGAUGAGGUUCCCUACCAAGCAGGAGAGCCAGCUGAGGAACGAGGUGGCCAUUCUCCAGAACCUUCACCAUCCUGGCAUCGUCAACCUGGAGUGCAUGUUCGAGACCCCCGAGAGGGUCUUUGUUGUCAUGGAGAAGCUCCAUGGAGACAUGCUGGAGAUGAUCCUAUCCAGUGAGAAGAGCAAGCUCCCUGAGCGUCUCACCAAGUUCCUGGUCACACAGAUCCUAGUGGCUCUGAGGCAUCUCCAUUUUAAGAACAUCGUCCACUGUGACCUGAAGCCUGAGAAUGUGCUGCUGGCCUCUGCGGAGCCCUUCCCUCAGGUGAAGCUAUGUGACUUUGGCUUCGCUCGCAUCAUUGGCGAGAAGUCGUUCAGGCGCUCUGUGGUCGGCACACCCGCCUACCUGGCACCCGAGGUCCUACGCAGUAAAGGUUACAACCGUUCCCUGGACAUGUGGUCGGUAGGUGUGAUCGUUUACGUCAGCCUCAGUGGGACCUUCCCCUUCAAUGAGGACGAGGACAUCAACGACCAGAUCCAGAACGCUGCCUUCAUGUACCCUUCCAACCCCUGGAAGGACAUCUCUGGAGAGGCCACAGACCUGAUCAACAACCUCCUCCAGGUGAAGAUGAGGAAGCGUUACAGUGUGGACAAGUCUCUCAGUCACCCCUGGCUCCAGGACUAUCAGACGUGGCUGGACCUGCGGGAGUUUGAGACACGCAGAGGGGAGCGCUACAUCACCCACGAGAGCGAUGAUGCCCGCUGGGAGGAGCACGCCGACGAGCGGAACCUGCAUUAUCCCAAGCACUUCAUUAUGGCGCCCAACCUGGAUGACAUGGAGGAGGACCCCUAGUGGCUGGGAGGGCUACCUGCAGGCUGCACGUUUCAGAAGGAGUUCACAGGGCAUCCUGGGACUCAGAGACCCAUGGCUGGUGCUUGGGUCCCUGGAACCUGCUACUGCUGGCUGAGACUGUAAGCUUAAACAGGCGGAGAUGCAUGUACCCUAUAUGUUUGUGCAUAAAGGUGUCAUUGUGCAUUACCACAUGGAACAGACAGGAGGCGCUGCAGAGGACAGGCAGCUGUGUGGUGGUACAGUAGCAUGGGAACACAUUCGUGAUGUUGUGAGGAAAGGCGUGACGAUCGAGAUCGAGUAUCUUCAGGUUGUUUGGUUUUCAUCACAUUCCAGAGACCUUACGUAUGUGGAUUCUCUCUCCACUGACUGUGUUCUCUACAAGCCAUAAUAUACAGCCCUCAUAUUCAACUCUGGACCUAGAUGCCAUUUCCACUGCAUUUUUUUUUCAUUCUUCCCCUCUAAUCAAGGACUGAUUUAGACCUGGGACACCAGGUGGGUGCAAUUAAUUAUCAGGUAGAACAGAAAACCAUCAGGCUCCAGACCUCGUAGGGUUAGAGUUGAAUACCUCUGAUAUACAGUCUGUCUCUUGAGCCUGAAAGACGAACCCUAAGUGGUUGGUUAGUUGGGGAAUCCCUCAGCAACAGUAAUAAACAUUUGCACUGCCAUUCAACCCGGACAAAUGGCUACAGUAAAAGAUGGUUUGGACCAAAUCCGAGAGACAUUUCAGCUUUUCAGCUUCUAUAGCAUAUUUUUCUAAUGUUGUUAGUUUAUCAUGUGUAUUUGAAAUCUCACGACUACAUUGAUUUGUUAAUUUACCAUGAGUGCUAUUUUUUUGAAAACAUUUAUUUCCAAUGGUUUCAUGUAAGGCUGUUGAACUCGAAAACAUAAAAAAUAUGCUGAUGUUGUGAAUAUAUAUUGAAUAUAUUUUGCUUAUUCGAUGGGAUGUUUUUGCACUAUUUGUUAACACCUGUAAUCUCUGGCUCCCUUAUUGGAUGCUUUGAAUUAAGUUGUGAACCAAUCAGCAGCUGCUACACACGGUCUUAACCCCCCAUCCCUUAGAAAAAUGCCUGAGAAAAACCCCCAGCAAAAAUGAUACCAGUCUAACCAAAGCCUGACAAAUCUUCCCAUAGAAAUAAUUACAUUUUUUACAAUUCUACCUUUAUUUUUGUAUCAAAUUCUGGAUGUCAAUUGAAUGGAGUAGAGUGCUAAGUGUCACAAAAACUUUGAUAGGACAAAGCCUAGGGAAUUGUAAAUGUUAAUUCUCUGCUCUCAGCCAUAGCUUACAAAUGUGUUUUUUUCUCUCCAAUGAAGUAAAGAUAGUUGAGAAAUGUUUUUUUUAUUCAAGAACUGAUGUGACCUUCUCAGAGCUCUGCCUUAUUUAUUUUCCUUCUCAUUUCAUUACAUGUGUUGUGUUUGUACGGAUGAUUGAAUGGAUUCCCACUCAACGCCAGACCUGCUGCUGUACCCCAGUGAGGGAGCUGCAAGGCCAAGCAGUCCGGCAGAUUCACAAAGGAUUUAUCCCAAAUGGCACCCUAUUCCCUAUAUAGAGCACUACUUCUGACCAAAGCUGUGGUCAAAAUCCGUGCACUAUAUAGGGGAUAGGGUGCCAUUUGGGAUGCUGACAAAGUCUGAUCAGUGACAAAGUAUGGUAGGAUAAAAAGACCGCAGCGGAUAAAUGGACUGAGUACUCUGUAAUAUGUCAAACAAGCCCACAUGUAAUAUGUCAAACAAGCCCACAUGUACUAUGUCAAACAAGCCAACAUCAGAUAAUUGGACUGAGUACUCUGUACUAUGUCAAACAAGCCCACAUGUAAUAUGUCAAACAAGCCCACAUGUAAUAUGUCAAACAAGCCAACAUGUAAUAUGUCAAACAAGCCCACAUGUACUAUGUCAAACAAGCCAACAUCAGAUAAAUGGACUGAGUACUCUGUACUAUGUCAAACAAGCCCACAUGUAAUAUGUCAAACAAGCCCACAUGUAAUAUGUCAAACAAGCUAACAGCAGAUAAAUGGACUGAGUACUCUGUACUAUGUCAAACAAGCCCACAUGUAAUAUGUCAAACAAGCCCACAUGUAAUAUGUCAAACAAGCCCACAUGUAAUAUGUCAAACAAGCCAACAUCAGAUAAAUGGACUGAGUACUCUGUAAUAUGUCAAAAAAGCCCACAUGUAAUAUGUCAAACAAGCCCACAUGUAAUAUGUCAAACAAGCCCACAUGUAAUAUGUCAAACAAGCCCACAUGUAAUAUGUCAAACAAGCUAACAGCAGAUAAAUGGACUGAGUACUCUGUACUAUGUCAAACAAGCCCACAUGUAAUAUGUCAAACAAGCCCACAUGUAAUAUGUCAAACAAGCCAACAGCAGAUAAAUGGACUGAGUACUCUGUACUAUGUCAAACAAGCCAACAUGUUGGUUGAAGACAGAAUUCCAUCAUUUGUGUGUGUGUCACAUUUUGGCUUUGUUUGGUGUUUCUCCCAUCCCAAAACAUGGGCACGUCCGUUUGAAUGAUGACCUCACAGCUUGUCCAUGCUAAUAGCGGUUGACAUACAAACACAUUUUAAAUCAAAUAGAACGUUUGACACCACUGGCUGACACCAAUGGAACCAAGUGCAGUCAUAUGCAGGAUACUAACCCAGUUACAUAUUAAUGACAAUACAGAAUACAAUGAAUGCAUUCAUUUAAUUUAUAGUAUCAAAUGACUGAAAUUUUGUGUGCAGGGACAAAAAUUAUGAUUGUUGUUUUAUGAAAACACCAAAUGACUCAAUUGAAAUUCCAAUAUGUUGUCUUCACACUCCCUUUUUUUGGUAUUAGUCUAUUUUCAGUCUCAAUCCACCCCUUUGGAUUGUGAAACAAUGUUGUGGUAUGAUGUUUUCCAUACUGUAUGUUCAGUACAAAGCACACGUAGAAGGGUGAUGACUUCAACCUGAGAUUCAUUUAGUCUGUGCUGCCACUGGAUUGGCAGAUGUCAAUGUUUUCUAUAUUUCAAUAUUCACAUAUGUAAUAAUAAAUAAAUGCCUCGGACCAUAGAAAAUGUACUACUUAUUUCAUUUGCA